UGCUAUUAGCAAAGGCUGCACACGCCUGCACUGCUUUCUUGACGAUUAUGAUACUAAGAUUAUCAUAAGUCCAGAAUCAUUAAUACUUGAUACACACUGCCAGGACUUGUUUGCUGCAGGAACAUAUACAACUUCAGGUACAGUGGAAUGGUCGAUGGCCGAGAUAUUAAAAAAUCCAGAUACAAUAUUAGUCAAGGCGAAAGCUGAGCUGAACGAAGUGGUCGGGAAGGGAAAGAUUGUAAAAGAAGAGGACAUAUCUAGGUUGCCUUAUUUGCAAUGUAUUGUGAAAGAGACCGGAGGAUUACACCCACCGGCUCCUUUCUUAAUACCUCGCCAAGUACAAGAAGAAGUUCAACUCUGUGGCUACACUAUUCCCAAGAAUUCGCAAGUCCUAGUCAAUGCAUGGACUAUAGGACGUGAUCCCCUGAUAUGGAAAAAUUCCUUGUCAUUCCAACCAGAGAGGUUCCUGAACUCUGAAGUUGAUGUGAAUGGUCAUUAUUACGAGCUAAUUCCAUUUGGUGCAGGUCGAAGGAAAUGUCCGGAAUUGCCAUUGGCGAUCAGGAUGGUGCCGGUGAUAUUGGGCUCCCUCAUAAAUUGUUUUGACUGGAAACUUGAAGGUGGGAUUGCACCAGAGGAAUUGGACAUGGAGGAUAAGUUUGGGAUCACUGUAGCAAAGCUUCAUCCACUUCGUGCUGUACCAACUCUAGUUCUGCCUCAUUAAUAUUAGGAUAUUAGAUA